GAAACCACUGCAGUGUGAACCAAAGAACACGGCACAUGGGUUAGGGCUUUAGCGAGCAACAGAAAUGUGGGUAAAGUGAUAACAGGCAUCUAUUUUAACUUGUCACCGCUAACACUAGUCCGUGGCGCGGCUUGAAAUUUGCAUUUGAAAAAGGUCCGUAGAUCUCCUUUUAGAAACUUGUGACUUAAUUUUCGGGUGAUUUAAGAAACAACUUCAGCGCGUGCAUUGGGUUUAUGAGUUGUACCCGGAGGCUAUACCCGAACAGAUUGAACGACACUCCAUAGCGCUGGUAAUUUGUUUAUAUAAGGGAUUCUCGUGCACCGGUGGACAGUUUCAGCCUAUAACUGGGCAGAUAUUUCGUGUGAUGGGACUCUUCAAAUUCUGAAGGACUGAAUCUGAAGUGGGGAGGAAAGGCAGAGACCAACGACCCCUGGGAAACAACAGGAAAAGGGAGGAAAGGGAAAGAUGGAGCCCACUUUAGACCAGGCUUCCACGGUGGACGAACUGAUUGAGUCGUGCAUCCAAGCCUUUGAUGACACGGGCACUUUGAAGGACCCCUCUCUGGUACGCAUGUUCCUCAUGAUGCAUCCCUGGUACCUCGCCUCCACCAACAUGGCCAAGAAACUACUGCUCAAGUCACAGGAGGAGAGUUGCACUGCUGAUCAAAGGACGAGGAUCUGCCACUUGGUGAAGUACUGGAUAAGUGAGUUCCCGGCAGAGUUCAAUCUGAACCCUGAGCUGGCGGAGCAGAUCAAAGACCUGAAGGACCUGUUGACCACCGAGGGGAAUGAGUGUCAGAGUCAACUCAUUGACAUCGAGAGCGUGCCGUCUUACAAAUGGAAGCGGCAGGUGACCCAGCGGCAGCCGUCCAUGUCCAAGAAGAGGAAGAUGUCCCUACUGUUUGACCACCUGGACUCCGGAGAGCUGGCCACCCACCUCACUUACCUGGAGUACAAGUCCUUCUGCAAGAUACUGUUCCAGGACUACCACAGCUUUGUGAUGCACGGCUGCACGGUGGACAACCCCAUCCUGGAGCGCUUCAUCACCCUGUUCAACAGCGUGUCUCAGUGGAUCCAGCUGAUGGUGCUCAGCAAGCCCACGGCACAGCAGAGGGCCACGGUCAUCUCCCACUUCAUCAGGGUGGCCCAGAAACUGCUCCAGCUCCAGAACUUCAACACUCUAAUGGCCGUGGUGGGCGGGCUCAGUAACAGCUCCAUAUCUCGUCUCAAAGACACCCAGUCCCACAUCAGUAACGAGACUAACAAGGUCUUCAAUGGCCUGAUCGAGUUGGUGACAUCCUGCGGCAACUACAGCCAGUACCGACGUCGUUUCUCGGAGUGCACCGGAUUCCGUUUCCCCAUCCUGGGCGUGCACCUCAAGGACCUGAUUGCCGUGCACGUGGCGCUGUCCGACUGGGCCGACCCAGAAAAGACCAGGGUCAAUCUCACCAAAUGUCAGCAGCUGUACACCAUCCUCCAUGAGCUGGCUAUGAUCCAGACCACUCCACCCAGCAUCGACGCCAACACCGACCUGCUAAAUCUACUCACGGUAUCUCUGGACCAGUAUCACACUGAGGAAGAGAUCUACCAGCUGUCUCUGCUGAGAGAGCCUCGCAGUGCUAAACCAGCGAGCUCCGGUCCGGCCUCUGCCCCCUCCCCCAAGCCAAAGCCAUCGAUGAUUGAUGAGUGGGCCGCGUCAGUGAAGCCCAAAGCAGACCCUGCGGUCAUCAACAAACACAUAGAGAAGAUGGUGGACUCCGUCUUCAAGAACUUUGACACAGACGGGGACGGUCACAUCUCGAGGGAGGAGUUUGAGAUCAUCCGGAACAACUUCCCCUACCUCAGCAAGUUUGGAGAACUAGAUAAGAACCAAGAUGGCAAGAUCAGCCGAGAGGAGAUGAUUGACUACUUCAUGAAGGCCAGCUCUUUGCUCAACUGUAAGAUGGGUUUCAUCCACACCUUCACAGAGACCACCUACGUGAAGCCCACCUUCUGUGAACACUGUGCUGGCUUUAUAUGGGGCUUCUACAAACAGGGAUACAAGUGUAAAGCGUGUGGUAUUAACUGUCACAAGGCGUGUCGAGGUCGUCUGGCUGUGGAGUGUCGUAAGCGGACCAAGAGCAUCAGCCAUGAGCACGCUCCGUCCCUCCAGGCCCGGUCUUACAGCUUCCCCCCCCCGGCCCACCCCUCACCCAGCCUCCAAAACACAGCUAUUGUAGAGGAAGACCUUGAGACUGUGGAGGAAGGCUUGUAUGAUGUCCAUCUAUAACCAGAUGGCAGUUAUUCCGCCAAAGACAGCCGGGAGUACACAACCGUAGUUGGGAGUCAGAAGCACAGCCUGUGGUCUGUCCAGAAGGGUGCUAUGUUAAAGAACAUUUCAGAUAGACAUGUAUAAUCUCCAACAGAUACGGUUGUACUGUCAUAUGGGGGAGAGAACAACGUCAGUACUAUUCAUUCCGUUUCUAUCUGAGAAGUUUGACAUUUAUCAUUGUCUGACAUUUUUUUUUAAAGCUGGUGAGACUUUCAGAGAAGGAGAGGGCUAGAGAGAGGAAGAGAAAAUUGCACUGAAAACAACAGAUAAUACCUUCAUACUGCCACAUAGUGGAUGAAUACUGCAACUGCAGUGUUAAAUUAGUACUUCCUUACAGUCACUCAAGUCUCCCAACUCUCUUCAAACUCAAGUAAAUGUGACCGGAAUGUCUCUCUAUGUUAACUCAGCAUUUUGGAUUGUGGAAAUAGGCCCAUGUUAUCAUAUAUCUUACAUGGUUUUAAACACUGAAUAUUGAAAAAAAAAAGUCCACACAGUUGUUUUAUAGAUUCUAGUUAGUGUUGUUUUCAGUGAAUUUAUAUGCGCAAUAUUAUUAUGCCUGUAUCAAUGUAAUUAACAAUGUCUGUACAAAACACAAGAGGUGCUCUUACUGCCAAGAAAGAAUGUAUAAGCUACUUCCUACUGGGACUUCAGUCUUCUAGAUGUGAGGUAGCCUAGCGUGUUGCAGGUUUGAAUCCCAGAGUCAACAAGGUGAUCCCGGGAAUCUGACCUUGAGCAAGUCACUCAACCCUGAUUGCCCCAGGGUCUAAUGCCAGAUCCUUGGAAUGUGACCCAACUCUUCGGGGGUGUUUCAAGAGUUUCGGAUAAGCAACAAAAAAUAUAUAUAUUUCACGAUUACACAAUACGUGUGUGGAACAAAUAUAAGCAUCCUGUAUAAGAACUUCGGUUUUGUUUCUUAACUGUAUGGAAGAAAAAAAAAGAACCAGGCCAUGUCAUCGAUAUGAGUGAUAUAUGUUUCAGCUUCAGAUCUCACUGCUGACUGCCUGAGUGGAGAGGGCGUCUCACUCAUGUCUAAAAGCAACAACAAAAGUAACUGAAGUGGAAUGUAGAACAUACAUUUUGAAUUUGAAUAGCAUUUGAAUGCUGUUGUAAUUCCGUAUGGUAAUUUGACUGUGGUGCGUAUGUAUGCUAAUAGUGUUAUAUCUCAGUGCACUGACACAGUACCUUUCCUCAGUAACUUUGAACGUAGUUUGAAAGUGAAUAUUGUACAUUGUCUUGAGAAUCUAUUUCAAAUCUAUUUUAUUACUAGAACUGUUACAAGUGUACUGUUAUAUCAAGCAUGCUUCUUUGCUUUGAGGUAAUCCACUCUUGCCAAAAUAUCCGCUAUUAAAUGUAUUUUCAUGAAGCACAUAUAAUUCUUUUUUCAAUGGCAACAUGGAAUUCUACAUUAGAGUCCACUCAAUGUAAUGGUUUGGCCUCAGUUCACUCUGAGAAGGGUUGGAGUCCCACAAAGCUGCCUGCUUGUGCACCUUUGUAUUGAAAAAGCUGGGCGUUUGGUAAUCCAAUGUACCAAUUCAAACUGCCAACAUUGCCAUGCCGGUUACUUCCUGGACAGAGGUAUUGUGGGUUCCAGGAUAUGAAUGGAUGCUUUAACCGGGUGUCAUGUACUGUAAGUCACUCUGCAUGGAUAUCUCUCUGCUGUUUCUCUAUGUUAAAUGCACAUUGCAUCUCUAUUCUAUGUGUUUUAAUACCACAUAAUGUGACAAAUGGCACAGCUGCCCAAUAAAGUGUAGUCUGUGUGUG